AUGCGCUAUGCGAGAUCCAAAUCUGGGCAGCUAUCCAGUGUUCUGAGCAACGUUCCGUCCCGCUGCCAUGGAAAACCUCGGGACGGGAGUUGUCGCCAGCGAACCAUCUGCUUGGACACCAGAGGAGCGCUUAGCGACAUUCCAGAUGCGAGCAUCAUCGAUAUUUACCGUUGUCACUCGGCCCGCUCAUGUCAUUCAUUGCGGCCCGUUGCUGAGGAGUUACUAGACCCGAUGCUUAUCCGUGUGCAAGACAUGUUUUGUGUUGAGAAAUUACAAAAGUGGUCUAAGCACGGGGGUGACGCCAUGGAGAUGAUAGCGCAAAGCGAUCAUGCAAACUCUUGUCGCGGUCCCAAGGUGCGCAGAAAGCCAAGGGCGGAUGUGAUCCGUGAGGUUUGUGUUGCUUGUUGCAAACUUGCAGGAUCAAAAAGUCUCCAGGCGAGCUUCGGACAUCCGAUCAAUGCGGACCCUGGAAAACAUCCAGCCCAUUGCGCAAUUCAGGUGUCAAUCUUAUCCAAGACACCUGUAGAGGGAUCCGAGAGCCGGGUACGACCACACGUUCGGGCUAAAUACCAAGGAACCUUGGGCGCCGUCCACUCGGCUUGGCUGAUGGAACGUUCAAGGCAAUGUCGUAGAUAUGCCCGCCCCAGUGGUGCCACAUCCCAAGAAACCCCAGCAGAUGAUUUGGCUAAUCCGAGUGGCUCGAUCGUCUAG